GUUGCGAGCAACUGCUCGCGAGGGGCCGGAGCGGAGAAAUUAUCGAAACCCUCAAGUCCCCUCGAUCUUCGAGAGAUCUUCGAUCACCUUCAAUCUCGAUCGACCUCCGAUCGCCGAUUUGACGUUUCGUCCUCCGGAACAAAAAGAAAAACACCCAGUUUUCGAGUCGUGAAUUGUCACUUUGCAUUCUAAAUACUCUGCCAACAAAUAUAGAACAGCUGCAUACAGUGUACGCUACGAGCCGGAUUCUCAUGUUAUCUCUUCAUUUUUCGUGUCUGCUGCAGUCACUGUAAAGCCAGAUUCGCGACAGAUUUCUGCUACCGAUGAUCUAUCCGGACGAGGAAAAAUAACGUAGCUAACUUCUAACAGCAAGGCAGCAAAUAGACUACUUAAUCAUGGCUUGGACGUACUAUCAAAAAGUGUUGGCCAUUGUUAUGGUGGUCACAGGAUCACUCAACACACUUUCAGUCAAAUAUGCCGACCAGCAAAUAGUGCCAGGUCAAGAUGGACAACCGCGCCACUUCAACCAUCCUUUUGUGCAAUCGUCGUUUAUGUUUGUGGGAGAAAUGUCAUGUCUCCUGCUCUUCAAGAUUGCCUUUUGUUACUACAGCCGUAAGAUGGAUGGAAGCGUCGAUUCUAUGCCUCUUACAAAAGGUUCACGAAUAUUCAGCCCCUUCACUCUAUUAUUGCCCGCUCUCUGCGACAUGUUUGCAACGUCCAUUAUGUACGUAGGGCUGAAUAUGACGUAUGCGAGCAGCUUUCAAAUGCUGCGAGGAUCUGUAAUUGUUUUCACUGGGAUGUUGUCAGUGGCAUUUCUGGAGAGAAAAUUAGGAGGAAGGGAAUGGUUUGGAAUCAGCCUGGUAAUACAAGGCUUGGUGCUAGUUGGCCUUAGUGACUUUAUCAUGAUGCAUGACGACAAAGUCAGCACCAACUCCAUCAUCACGGGCGAUUUACUUAUUAUUUGUGCACAGGUGAUAACCGCCACGCAAAUGGUGAUAGAAGAGAAAUAUGUCGCUGGCUAUGAUAUACCUGCGUUACAAGCCGCUGGUUGGGAAGGUAUCUUUGGAUUUGUAGGAAUAUGCCUCGCUAUGAUUCCGUUAAAUUAUAUACAUGCAUUCCCACCUUUUGCUGACAAUGCAAGAGGAACACUGGAGGCCACUAUAGAUGCUCUCGUACAAAUCGGAAACAGCGGGCGUCUUUUGAUGGCAAUCAUUGGUAUGACCAUAAGCAUAGGAUUUUUCAACUUUGCUGGUUUGAGUGUCACAAAAGAAAUGAGUGCAACUACACGAAUGGUUUUGGAUAGCGUGCGGACACUGGUUGUCUGGGGAUUCUCUUUGAUAUUCCGCUGGCAGGCCUUCCACUAUUUGCAACUCAUAGGAUUCGCAGUACUUCUGACGGGUAUGUCCUGCUACAACAAUGUUAUCGUGCCCCAAUUGUUCAGAAAACUUCAAUGUCGUCUAGGACGCCAUUGGCCACCUCGUGAUGAAGAAAACAUCGUCAAUACUCUAGCCGAUAGUACGGAAGAAGAGCAGUAACAAAAGUAUGACAUAAUUCAAGUCACUUCUCCAUUACAUCACAUGUCAAGCAAAAUCUCACGACGAUGAUGUCGAUUCUUUCCACAUGGGCCACCCAAAGGCAUCAGAAGUGCAAGUUUGAUGUUACAAAAUAUUCUGUAGCAUGCGACAAGCUUCAGUUUACUAUACAUAUUUAGAAGAGCCAAGUAUUUUUUUUUUGUACAGUAAAACGAAAACAACAAAUUCCCUCCGCGCGGACAUGCGGUCUAUGAAAUCGCGAGACUUAACGCUCGAUCGAUACUCAGCCGUGCGCAAUAAUUCGAGGAGGAAGAUUAUACGAAUUUUUUUUUUUUUUUUUCAACGAACAGAAUUACUCGAAAUAACAUCGAUUGAUCUCUGAAUCUUAAAAGUGAUAUGAACACAAAGAGAAAUAGGCUUAUACAAUACAAUAUUUUCAUAUUUUAAAAAGUGAUACUCAAUUAUUAGCUCGAAGUCAAAGGACGUAAUAAAAAGAAUCAAUUAAA